UCGUCGUCGUUGUCGUCGUCGUCGGCGUGGCGGUGUCGAUCGACAGUAGCGUGAAGGCAGUCUGAGAGAGAAUGACUCGUUGCGUGCGUCAUUUCAGCGUAUCGUGGCAGGCCCUGGCGCUGACCCUGGUGCUGGUGGCCAUACUCGCACCCUUCGCCGCGGCUUUAAGCAAAAACGAUUUAUAUCCUUACGCGACACCUGGUACUUCGAUCCUACAAUCAGACGUCAACGGAUUGCUUUUAUCCGCGGAGACGAUUCUCAAGACACCCAUUGCAUUUUACGACAAGAUCUUCAAUUCCAUAUUCGUAAACGGGAAUGGCGUCCUAUCUUUCGCCAGGGCGAUGCAAAGAUUUUUCAAUAUCGCGUUCCCGCUCGACGAUCCGGUUAUCGCACCACUCUAUACACACGUCGACACCAGAGGCUCCGGAAGAGUAUAUUACGGCGAAACGAAUGCGCCGGAAGUUCUCGCUAGAGCCGGAGGGAUGAUUCGCAGCGCUUUCGCAGACGUCGUGGAAUUCGUACCGACUCACGUAUUUCUCGUCACAUGGGUGGACGUUGGAUACUAUAACGAAAAAAGCGAUAAGGUAAACACGUACCAAGUAGCUAUCAUAUCGAAUGGCACGCAUUCCUACGUCGAAUUCUUAUAUCCGGAAAACGGUGUACAAUGGAUUCAAGGUGAAUCGCAUCCAAACGGUCUACCUGAUGCGAAGGCACAAGCAGGAUUAAUGAGCGAAGGAAGGAUAUACACGUUGAAAGGUUCUGGAACGGAUCAGAUUCAAAAUAUCGACAAAUAAUAGUGCCACGAAUCAGGUAGUGAACUGCAGAACAGGAGCAACGACUUGUCACAACAGGGCGACGUGUGUCGACUAUGAAGUUGGCUUUUGCUGCCACUGCAAGCAAGGAUUCUUCGGCAAUGGGAAAUCUUGUCUGCCGAAUGAUAUCCCAUUGCGUGUAAAUGGACGUGUUUCUGGGACUAUCAACGGCGUGGAAUUUCCUGCGAGAGAUCUUCAAUGCUACGUGCAACCGAAGGAUGGAAGAACGUAUACGGCUUUAUCGAGAGUACCCGAGGAAAUUGGCGCUAGUUUUCAAUUGCUUGGUAAUCUGGGCAGUGUGAUUGGUUGGUUGUUCGCUAAAUCCAUCGGUGAGACGAGAAAUGGAUAUGAGCUUACAGGGGGCAUUUUCAAUCAUACGGUCGAGUUGACAUACUUAUCAACCGGCGACAAAUUGACCAUGCGAAGCAGCUAUCUCGGGCUGGAUGUCUUUGGUCAGUUAAAAGUGGAAGUGAAGAUCGAAGGUACGUUGCCGCAGCUGCCGAGCGACACAAGGGUCGACUACGGUGACUAUGAUGAACUUUAUACCAGAGCGCAAGCCGGCGUGAUCCGCGCGCGGAGCGAGAGAACUUGCAAACUGAACGAAGGUGGCGAAGAGCGAGAACUUGGUUUCAUUCAGGAUGAAACGAUUGUUUAUAACGAGUGCCCAUAUCUCAGCGUCGAACCCGAGGAUGACACGACUAGAUUGAAGUUCUAUAGAGGAGUUACUACUUACGAAGCAACCGAAGGGAUUAUACGUUUUGCGGUCAACACAAAAGUUGCGCCCCUCGAGGAAGAGGAUCCCUGUAUCCAGGGAAAGGAGACGUGCAGUGACCAUAGUUCUUGCAUCGUCGACGGCGAUAGCUUCAAAUGUGUCUGUAAUCCCGGCUAUCAGUAUUUAUACGAAGAAGACGGAAGCGCAAUCUGUGUGGAUGUAAACGAAUGUACCGCCGGAAACCAUAUGUGCUCCCCUGACGCACAAUGCAUUAAUCAAGAAGGCAGCCAUUCGUGCCAGUGCAGACCUGGAUUCUCUGGAAAUGGUCGAAUUUGCGAAAUAACUGAUGCAUCUUUUGUUGGAAAUACAGGACUUGCAUCUUGCGAGGAAACAAGAUGCGGGAAUUACGAGCAAUGCGUGAUGAUCGAUGGAAUGCCUAAUUGCAUUUGCUUGCCUGGCUUCGAGGAUACCGAACAAGGUUGUUAUCCUGUAUCACAACAUGCCACCUGUGACGUCGAGGAUAACUGUUCACCCAAUGGUAUCUGCACUUUCAACACCGAAAAGAAGAAACACGUGUGCAUUUGUUUACCAGAUUUCGUUGGUGAUGGUUACACGUGCUAUCCGGACGCGGAUGUAACCACUGUGGGCGAACCGCCGAAACCGCAAUGCGUGGAGGAGAUGUGCUGGUGUCCAAAAGGCUGGGAGUAUCGGAAUAACGAAUGUACGCGGCAGGAAGAGACGACCAAAACCGGAUUCUCCGAUCGGGACUUGUCGUGCAACGUGGUGAACAGGUGUCAUCCCUAUGCCCAAUGUAUCUACGUGACAAGCACCGGAGACUACGAAUGUCGCUGCAAUCCCGGUUACGAAGGUGACGGUAUAGAAUGCGCAAAAACAGAGGUGUCCUGUUUGGAGGUAGACAUUUGCGAUCCGAACGCGUCAUGCCAGCAAGAGGAGUCUCUAGCCAAGUGUGUCUGCAAUCCAGGAUACGAAGGAGAUGGAACCACGUGCAGUCCUAUCGACGAAUGCAGCAGCACGAACGAUUGUUUGGAGAAUGAACGAUGUUCGUAUAACCCGGCCAGCUCGCGGUACGAGUGCACAUGUAAUUCAGGAUUCAGUAUAGUAGACGGUCACUGCGUAGUGUCCGACUGCUCGACCAAUCCAUCUCAGUGCCACGUGAACGCUCAGUGCGUGUCCACCGGCGAAGGUGGCUACAAGUGCGUCUGCAUCGAGGGAUACAACGGUGAUGGAAUUCGUCAAUGUGUCGAGGACCACAUCAGUUGCAACGUGCUGAAUAAUUGCGGCAGGAACGCGGUCUGUGGCUACAAUCAAACCUCCACAAAUUUCGCCUGCAUCUGCCAGCCGGGCUAUUAUGGCGAUGGUUACACGUGUUUGCCUCAGUCAUCCUGCAGGCACGAUCUAACGAUCUGCUCACCAAACGCGACGUGCGUAGCGGCCGGGGAAAAUCAAUUCUCUUGCGUAUGCAACGAAGGUUUCACCGGAGAUGGGACCAACUGCGACCCGAGGCCGAAACACGAAGCCAACUUCCUGCUGGUGAAUCAAGGAAUGGCCACGCUGAGAAUUCCAUUCGCGCCGACGCAUGAGAAUUCCGGUAGCCCGAUUUACAUAGCGUACGCGCAGAUGGCUAUCGCGAUUGACAUCGAUUGUAUGAACGGGAAGGCUUAUUCGAGCGACAUCACCGGUAAUCGAAUAAUCGAGUUAACGUACAACGGAUCGAUGGCCGAGACGUUCUUGCCGAAAGUUAGCAGCCCUGAGGGACUGACGGUCGAUUGGGUCUCGAGAAAUAUUUUCUGGACCGACUCGGGUAAAACGACCGUCGAGGUAGCCAAUCUCGAGACGAAGAAGCGGAAGGUCCUCGUUUCGGUCGGACUGGUCAAUCCUAGAGGAAUAGCCGUACAUCCGUAUCGUGGGAAGAUAUUUUGGUCCGACUGGAACCGUGCGUCACCGAAAUUGGAGUGGGCCAACGAGGAUGGUACCGAACGUGCAAUCUUCCUUCAAGGAGAUUACGUGAAGUUACCGAAUUCAUUAAGUAUCGAUUGGGCGAUGGAUGAGCUGUGCUGGUCGGAUGCUGGAACGUUUACGAUAAGCUGCAUGGAGAUCGAUAGCAGGAAAAUUAACGUAGUCGCCAACGAGCUCACCUAUCCGUUUGGUCUAGCGAUUUCGCAGCAAAAUUAUUAUUGGACCGACUGGAAAACUCACAAAAUCGAAGUUGCCAUGAAGAGCACUGGGGACAGGAAACCGGCCAUAUCAGUACCACCAGGGGGAAGCGGUAAAUUAUAUGGAAUAGUCGUCGUUCCUGAAUCGUGUCCGAGAGUAACCAACGCCUGUCAAUUCGAGAACGGAAGAUGUAACAAGGAUCAGCUAUGUCUACCAAACGGUCAAAGCAGUAGAACGUGUGUGUGCGCGGAUGACGCGACAGGGCCUUGCAUCGACACGCAGUAGUGUAUGAUAGGUGAUUAUGAAAAAUUCAGAAGGCAACGCACGGCUCGAAAGGUCGAAAUGAAAAAAAAUUUCAGUAUUUGGCCGAAUAGGAUUUUCGUGUUGCGUCAGGAUUGCCUCUUAGAUUACGUGUAAAUUAUAAUAUUACUACUUUGUAUGAUUAGUUUUUAUCGUCUACGUUUUUUUCAACACAAUCUUUUAUAUCUAAUUCGAAAUCUACAGCAUGAAACUGGUCAUAUUAUAAUGAUGCGGCUCGAUGACGCGUUAUUUAAUGAAAAUAAAACAGUAAAAUAAGAAAUACA